GUAUUGAUUCUCGAUACUUCGACCAGUACGACCCUCCUGAUGACGUCACUUGUAUCGACUUGGACACCAAUAUGGUUUCCCUUGCAAGUGAAAUCAAGCCGGCCAGCUGGAAGUCUCUACCAAAGAAACCUGGCAAAGUGCUAAGAGACAGGCUGACUGACCUGUAUUGCCAAAUGUACCAACAGUAUCAUAAAGAGAAAGAGGCAUUUGGGGCAGACAUUACAGAAACAGCUAUUGAACUCGCUCCUUUGGAUCACGAUAAUUCUCACUCGAGGAGACGGCUUGCGCUUGAAGUUUCGAUUCAAGAGGCAUUCUUGCGGUUUAUGGCAACCAUCCUUAAAGGCUAUGGUUCUUAUCUUAAACCCAUUACGUCAGCACCGAAAGAAGGAACCUGCGAUAUGACAUCACUGUUCGAUAUGCAAGGUUUUCUUAAAAGCCGUCCAAAUAACCAUCAAAAGUUUUUCAACCUCUUAAUGCACACACAGAUGUUCAGUCGUUUCAUCGAGCAGCGGUCAUUUGUGACAUCACAAGACUCUCUUCUUGCUUUCUUCGAUACUUGCACUGAUAAACUUGAUUCUGGUAAACCAUUAAUAGAAAUAGAUGAAUCGUUUAAACAAGGUGGCCAAAGGACUUACGUCGUUACUCCCCCGGAAGCAAACUUUAUCGACAGAGGAAAGAUAUACACGUAUCCCACGUUUCCCGAGCUGAACCUGGAAUUAUUCAAAAAAGACGAGUUAUCGUUAGGAAUUUCGACGGUCGUGACCCCAUCCCUCUGUCCUGUGGGCAGAACAGUGGCAGAGCGAACAGAGUCUAUACUGAUUGCUAAGAAGAAUGAAAGUAUUCCUGUGCAGUGGGCGAGAUGCUUGUUGGCACAUUGUUACAGUCUUUGGUUCAUCCACUUACCAGCUUAUGUCAAAAGUCAUCAUAACAAAGCAAAAGUACUGCAUGUGGCUUACGAGAUUCUGUGUAAAAUGGAGAAGAAAGGUGUCAAGUUACCCGACGAGGUGUGCUACAGAAUUCUAAUGCAGUUAUGUGGACAGUUCGGUCAUCCUGCGUUAGCUGUCAAGUUGUCGAGGGCAAGUGGCCGUCCAAUACCACAAGCUCUCACUUAUGGAACAAGGUCAGGAAUUUCUUCUCGGCCGUCCACGAGUUUCGAAAACUGGCCCAUAAUCGGCAGGUGGCGAGAGAAGACUCGCUCUCUCCGUGCAGUUCCAGCAGUGACGUAGAAAUUCAUGAUUCACCUAAAAAAUCGUCCUUAAAAUCAACCCCGCGAUCUCGAACACCGACACGAGAAAAAGAACGCCUUCUCUCAAACGAACGACUCUUACACUCCGACUCCCAUCCCGAACUGGACAGUCCUCGAGUUCAGCACUUUCGGAAUCACAGAGAACGAACAAUAAGCGAGAUGUCUAACUACUCAGAGAGUGGUGACCUCGAUACAUCUUUAAACUCAUUCGAUAGUUCGAGCUUCGUAACAAAGAGGCGACCAAAUUAUGGAAGGACGAUAAGUGAGACUUCGAUGUCGGCGUUCAGUGACGGCUCGCGUCACAGUCGUUUGUUUAUAAACGCAAGCAGCGAAGGCGUUGAUCACUCAGAACCCUAUGAAGAAACUACUGUCACGAUCGAUGAUUAUAUAUUCGGCCUUCCACCUGGUUUGCAGCGGGAUACAGCGUUAGAAGCCGUGAUGUUAACGUGUUUUCAGUGCGUUAAAUGCGCAAGAUAUGUGUAUGAUGAGGAAGUAAUGGCUGGUUGGACGGCUGAUGACUCUAACUUGAACACCAGUUGUACCUUUUGUAAGACACAGCAAGUCGCAACCCUCUCAAUUAAAAUCAAGGACUAUCGCAAUUGUUUUUCGUCACGUCCAAGUUCAGAUUUGACUGCCAGUAUGAGUAGUCUAGGCAGCCCUGAUUUAGCAAAUCUUGGUCAGCGGUCGGGGCUCCAUUCUUCUUCCAAUGCCAUGUCGGUUAACGAACCUGAAGAAGAUGAGGAAGAAGACGAUGAUUUUUAUGAUCGACACAGUAAAUCUGUACCUAAAACCAUAGAGGCCACUCUCAUGAUACCCAAGUACAACAGUCCACCUCGGACAGUUGCGUUCUCGCCCCCAGAAUCAAACCCUAUGACAAUACGACGACAGAGACACAGUAUCAGUGCGCCAACCAGUGCUAGUUCCAGUCCAACUGGGAGUUUUCACGGGAGCCCAAAACUGGGAGGACUGUUUCCUAGAACUCAUAGUAGCAAUAGCUCGUGUAGUCACAUUAGUAAUUGGUUCAUAACUCGUGCCCCAGAGGAGAGAGACUCCAUAACAGUAGCCUACGUUAGCCCUCUCGUACUUCGGAAAGAACUCGAGAACAUGUUAGAAAAUGACGGAGGUGUGUCCCUCCAAUCCCCAGAUGUUGUCCAUCAGAAGGAUAUCAUUUACUGGAACCUGGUCUGGGUUUUCAAGCGUUUGGACCUGCCAUCACAUCUGCCUGAACUGAUGCUCUCUUCAUACCCUGGAGACAGGAUCGAAAAAAAUGAGGACCGUCGCUCGGCUACUGGUAGUCAGGUGUUACUGUCUACGUCAUGGGACGCAGAUCGACAAGAUAUUGAUUACAUUCCGAUGUAUGUGUUAUGGAAUUCGCCAGUUGAUCAACAAGCGUUCACGUCUGAUAAAGCGUUAACCUCACGAAGUGCAAUGCAGACGGUGGGAGCUCAUAUUCAAAUCAACGAUGUCUAUAAUCCUAUAAAGAUCCUUUUGGAUGAACGUAACAGACAAAGAGCAAUCAAUCCACAAAUAAGAUGGAGCAUCUAUCGUGAAUUAAUAUUUUUAUCACUAACUGCGUGUGGAGUUGAACGUAUCGAUGUUGAAGCGUACGAUCGUGAGUACCGCCGAGCGUACAAACGCAUCAUGGACUCUAAAGACCUCGCCGAUAAACUUUGCGUGGAAGAUAAACCACCAACCGCUAGAGUUGCUUACUGUAGGCGACUUUUCUCAAUCCCAACAUUACAGCCCAAGCUACCUCAAUACGUCUCCAACAAUCAAUUACUCUAGGGAGUCACAAGAUGAAGGGUGUGUCAACACGUGGUCACCAGUCUCAGCAAGGUCACGUGGUGGACUUUCAAUCAUAAUGAACGAAGCAGAACCGACGGACUGGGGCCUACUGUAAAUAUCACAAUGAAGUAAGAAAUAUUAUAACGCGCUUAGUUGAUGUCAUAAAUUCACCUCAUACGUAGUUAGUUAUUAAAAUACUGUACGAUAUUAGACGAAUUGAAUUCAUCGUAUCAACUGAGUUUUACAUAGUCUCUCAAUAAAAUAAUUUUGUCCUUGAGAUUGGUAGCCAUCUUGAAAAGUAACCAAGCCUGGACAUGGCAUCAUACUACGUCAUCAAAGAGGUAUGGUUGCCUAGCCGAAAUGGCUGCCACUCCAGAUACACAAUAUAAGACCAUGUCGUAAUUAUUUAAGAUAUUCUUCUUUUGCUUAGGUAAUUAAAAAAAAGUUUUCUAUAAGAGGCUUUGCAUCACCACGGGGAAGGAACAAUUCAAUCAGGUCUAAUCUAGUUUAUGCGAAAGAGAAUUCAGUUUUGCAGGGCAAAAAUACCAUUGAUGUGCCAUCUGUCAUGGCUGCUAUCACUUGAUGGCUACCCCACCGGGGAUGGAAAGAAGCCUAUAUCACAUAGUCCUUUUUUAUAACAUUGGUAGCCAUCUUGAAAAGUAACCAAGCCUGUUGUUGUCGUUCUACGUCAUCAAAAGGCUUGGUUACCCAGCCUUGGUUACUAGCCAGAUACGGUACAUAAUAUACGGCCAUGCCGUAAUUAUUUAAGGUACUUUUUCAUUUAGAUAAUUAAAAACUAGGAGAUUUCUAUUUUUAUUUGUAUAAUAUACCAAGAAUAUCUUGAUCUGCAAUCCAUUCACAGACAUUGUAUGGUAUACAUUUAAAGUUUAUUAGUUUGUGAUGAUGUCAUAGAUGAGAUGAAACAGGAAAAUUACAGUAAAAUCGUUAACGAUAGUAUUUACCCAUCGAAAUUAGUCAAUUACCGCUGUGUACCUUGAUUACAGACUCAUUCACUCAGGGCUAGCCUCAUUUAAACGUCAAAAUAUUCGGUAAUAGCAACCAUUUGGUAAUACCAACGGUAAUAUAAAGAAUCCAUAACUUCGACAAUACAAACACUUUGAAAUUCCACAAACCUUUAAUGGAACAGAUGAAAAAAAUUUCCAUACAAGAUCGAGGUUAACUCUGUACAGAAAAUUUGAAACUGGAGUAUCUAAUUGUCAAUCGAUUGUUUGUUGUUACUAUACCCCGAAUUGAAAUAUGGCGACCAAUUUGAAUAACUAUUGUUCUGCACUGACUAGUGACUGACUAGCCUCGUGUUCGCAUGGAAACAUAAAAGCAUUUUCACAUGAAUGAGAAACUAGUAUUUCGAUUCAGUGUAAAUAGCAGUAACUUUUGACAAAUAACCAAACAACGUGUGCUCAACUCCAAUAAAAUCAUCAAAUGGGGUGAAGAAAUCUCUGCCAUUUUAAUUUAUGAAAUUAUCACUAUUAAUUAAUUAAUUAAUAGAUAUUUAUGAUUAGAAAUAACACAGAUUGAUUAACAUAAGAACAUGUGCAUAAUUAUUGGUUAUUGAUUUUAAAGACUUUUUAUUAAGAAUUGAUGUCUUUUUAUAAUGGCGGGACCAUCUGACUUGGUAGGGAAUUUUUUUUUCGAGUGUUUAACGUGCCUAGAUGAGUGUUCGUGUUAAGUAUUCUGAUUGGAUGGUGUGUGCUUUCAUAGCGUUUGAUUGGCUCGUUAUAAAAAAGCCCUUCAAAUGUCGUGGCAUUUAAAUUUCUAUUUCUACCAUGCGCGCCAUGUAUCAGGACGGUCCAUCAGGACUAAGUAAAUUUUCAGCUCGUACAAAUUUGCUCUGCUACCCUCAAGUCUUAUCCUCAAGUCAUUCAGUAUGAAAUAUUUUGAGCACCAUGAAAGGACAAACAAACAGGUUUCAAAAAUAUCUCUUUAUCAGAAAGUUUUGUUUUUCAAUGAGAUUUCAGGAAUACAUCCUUGAUUUCCACACCUAACCAUUGUCAGUCCUUUCUUGGACUUGAUAGAUACUUGAUAUAAUGAUGAUACUACCACAAGUUGUGUUAUACCUUAUCAUUGGAUUAUUUAUUAUAUUUACCUGUCAUACACCUAAAUCCAAAAUGGCUCAUGGCCGGUUGAAAAUGAGGCAUCCAGGGCCAAAUUUUCAAAUUUACAGUUUUUUCUUAUAAUUUGAUGCUGCGAAAUUAUCGAGUUCCUGAAUGUGAGAAGAAAAGAAAGACAGAACAAGUGAACAAGUGUAUACUUUGCAUUGACAACAUAUUAUUUCUUUGCAUUCAGCCCUGGAUGCCUCGUUUUCAUGUAACACACUCGGCCAUGUGCCAUUUUGGACUUAGGUACAGGAAUCCCAGAUGAUAUAUUUCAUGUAACUUUUGUUUUGUCUACUUUUUCAUCUUUAACUUUUUAAAUAACAUUUCAUGUGAAGACUGGAUGUGAGGCGUUAGUUAUUUGAAUCUGUUUGUAAUUUUGUACGAAUUGUAAACACUAUGGUUGUCUGCCAUCAUGGUGGAAAUGACGUCACAUUCACCUGUCAUGGCAAAGAUGACGUCACAUACUGACAUUUCCGGAGGCACCUUCCAUUAUGGUGGAGAUGACGUCACAAUAACAAAAUUUGCCUAAUAGUAUAUCUUCUUAAAACGGAAUAAGAGAUGAUAUUGACUUGAUAUGUAGUAAGCUUCAGUAGAUGUAAAAUAUGUCCGAAAUAAAAAUUAAGUAGAGAGCGAGUCUGCCUUUCCUUUUGCGUCUACUUGUUUAUCCAAUCAAUGAUUAAAUUAAUGUUGGUAUUUCCUUCAAAAUUGGUUCACUAAUCACUUUCUUUCAAAAACACCUUAUAUCUUUCUAGUUGCAUCUAGACUCUGCUACAGCUCGUAAACAUAAACGAUGUUAAAUAAUUGUUGAUUAUGUAAAAAUAAAGGAAUAUGUAGAAAGAAAAA